AUGCUAUCUAAAAGCUUUUUACAGAAGAACUCAUUUACGCGUUCAUAUCUAUUUCUUAAGAGAAAUCUCUUUCUAAAUGUUAAUGACACUCCAUUUAUAACAUUAUACCAGAAUGUUACUGGUGAAUCCAUACCAACCCAACAACUAGAAUAUUUAACGAAAAAAGAGCCAAGUAUUUUUAAAACUACUUCAGAAAGCUUGAAACUCACUUUAAACAUAUUAAAGAAAUUCGAAAUCACCGCUGAGGAGGCUUGUUAUAAUCCACACUUAUUUUGCAUUAAUCUAAUAUCCUUGGAUAACUAUGGUGAGAUCUUAAAAGAAUGUGGAUUCAUUAAAAUUCUUCCUAGUCAUUUAAUAAGAUAUAACACAAUUGUUAAAUCUCGAACUAUUUCCAAACUGAAAAAGCAAGGGUUAAUUAACACAAAUUUAUGUUUGGAGCAAAUAUUGUUAGAUAUUUUUCAAGAUUGGCCCCAGAAUGAGAAAUUUUUGAAACAGUAUUCUGAUGUGAACACUAAUAUUUUAACGGUACGCAUGAGUGUACUACAAAGAUACUUGGAGUGGAGAUUAGGAAUAACGAAUGAUAAAUUUACAAAAUUCAGUAAUAAUAACCUACCUCUGAAGCACAGACCCAUGGUUGAUAUACACCAAUCUUUAGAUAUAGCUGAAAAUGUUAUAAAAUUUGACAGAAAAUAUAUAAGAAACAACAGUUUUAUUAUAUCAUCGGACCCAUUAAACACACGGCUGAUUCUAGAAAACGUGGACUCCUUGGCUGGAGUGGAUAUAAAAGAGGCAAUAAGAUUAGUGCCUGCCAUCUUGAAAAAUAAUUACAGAGCACUACUUGAAAUUAAGGAGAUACUGAGGGAAUAUGAAAUAAUUGAAGAAGCUCAGAAGCGAUACUUGAGAGUGUAUUGUAUGAAUCCUGACACAGUUCGAAGCCGGUUGAAUGACCUUGUGACAAUGAACGAAUUUAAGGUCCUCGCAAGCAAUCCAAGAAUACUAUCAAUGGUUGUUCAUUACCGGAAAGUUUUAAACAGACUAACGAAAAUCGAAUCGGAGAAAAAACAGUGUUUCAGUCUCAAUACCCUUGUGGCUCCACAGAAGAUAUUUAAUACAUAUAUCAGUAAUUUUGGAAGUAGAGUCUGCAGUCGCGAUAUGGCAAUACAUAUCCUCUCUUCCCUCAAAGGGAAUUAUAAUCAAGAUACACUUGUGAAUACACUCAAGCGUCACAAGUACUGGUUACAUACAGCUAUCAGUGUGGUACAUGACAAUAUAUGUAUGCUGAAGAAAUAUUUCGACGAUCAGGUCAUAUUAGAUAAUUGUCAACUGCUUUUGUAUCCUGGCUCGGAUAUAGAGAGGCAUAUAAGCCGGAUACAGAAAAUACGCAAUAGCGCUUCAAGAGAUAACCCUAUAGAGACUCACAACAAUCUAAAUUAUUCCCGCCUCACAGACAGCCAGAUUCUCAGUCUGGUUCUAUAUGAAAUUGAGAAGAAGUACCACUUUAGUGGUGAUGGGAUAUGGAGCAACCAAGAUGGUAUGAGAGAACAUACGGCGAAUAGAAAAAGUCAUGCUUCUAGCUAG